AGGGGGGCUCCGGAGCACAGGCGCGGAGACGGGACUUAAGGAGCUCUCGCGAGAUCUCCAGGUUGCUAUAUAUGUGCGCAGGGAGCCCGCGUCCUUUCCCCGGUCUGAUUCCGUCCUGCGUGACUGUUCCUUCGAACGGUAGUCUUUUAUCUCCGUCCACUUUCUCUCCCACCGAAGUGCGUGCCACCAACCCAUGGAAGAUUCGAUGGACAUGGACAUGAGCCCCCUGAGGCCCCAGAACUAUCUUUUCGGUUGUGAACUAAAGGCCGACAAAGAUUAUCACUUUAAGGUGGAUAAUGAUGAAAAUGAGCACCAGUUAUCUUUAAGAACGGUCAGUUUAGGGGCUGGUGCAAAGGAUGAAUUGCACAUUGUCGAAGCAGAGGCAAUGAAUUAUGAAGGCAGUCCAAUUAAAGUAACACUGGCAACUUUGAAAAUGUCUGUGCAGCCAACGGUUUCCCUUGGGGGCUUUGAAAUAACACCACCUGUGGUCUUACGGUUGAAGUGUGGUUCAGGGCCUGUGCAUAUUAGCGGACAGCACUUAGUAGCUGUGGAGGAAGAUGCAGAGUCAGAAGAUGAAGAGGAGGAGGAUGUGAAGCUCCUAAGUAUAUCUGGAAAGCGUUCUGCCCCUGGAAGUGGUAGCAAGGUUCCACAGAAAAAAGUAAAACUUGCUGCUGAUGAAGAUGAAGAUGAUGAUGAUGACGACGACGAUGAUGAUGAAGAUGAUGAUGAUGAUGACUUUGAUGAUGAGGAAGCUGAAGAAAAAGCUCCAGUAAAGAAAUCUGUACGAGAUACUCCAGCCAAAAAUGCACAAAAAUCAAACCAGAAUGGAAAAGACUCAAAACCAUCAACACCAAGAUCAAAAGGUCAAGAAUCCUUCAAAAAACAGGAAAAAACUCCUAAAACACCGAAAGGACCUAGCUCUGUAGAAGACAUUAAAGCAAAAAUGCAAGCAAGUAUAGAAAAAGGUGGUUCCCUUCCCAAAGUGGAAGCCAAAUUCAUCAAUUAUGUGAAGAAUUGUUUCCGGAUGACUGACCAGGAGGCUAUUCAAGAUCUCUGGCAGUGGAGGAAGUCUCUUUAAGAAAAUAGUUUAAACAGUUUGUUAAAAUUUUCCGUCUUAUUUCAUUUCUGUAACAGUUGAUAUCUGGCUGUCCUUUUUAUAAUGCAGAGUGAGAACUUUCCCUACCGUGUCUGAUAAAUGUUGUCCAGGUUCCAUUGCCAAGAAUGUGUUGUCCAAAAUGCCUGUUUAGUUUUUAAAGAUGGAACUCCACCCUUUGCUUGGUUUUAAGUAUGUAUGGAAUGUUAUGAUAGGACAUAGUAGUAGUGGUGGUCAGACAAAUGGAAAUGGUGGGGAGACAAAAAUAUACAUGUGAAAUAAACUCAGUAUUUUAAUACAGUA